UUCGAGCUUAACUUCAUUUCUGACUACCUGGCACUUGAUCCAGACGUGGCCAUAGAUUUCGACGAAGCCUCAGAAGCAUAUUUAGUUUCGGAAACUCAACCUCUGCAGGUUGUGUUGGAUGCGGCUGGUGGAGCUUGGGAAGUUAACUCCAGCACUCCAGAGAGUAGCAGCUCUGUCCAUGGAUCCUCGAGUAAAAGACAUGGAUUCAAAAAGAACCAGAAGUUUACUUGUAGCAUUGUAGUUAAAGUUGACAACUUUGAACUGUUUAAAUGCCGUGCUUAG